GACCCCUCCAGUGUUGGUGUGGCGCAACAUCUCACCAAUACUGUUUUUAUUGACAGAGCUUUGAUAGUAGUGCCAUGUGCGGAAGAUGACUAGACUGGCCCAGCUGUUACACUACACUAGCCUGAGUCAGGCAUUGUUUUCCAAGCCACUAUCCCCGAUCGGGCCAACGCAGCCUUCAAGGGGGAAUGUGACCAGGAGAAUAGCCCGCUGAACCUUCCAAGAUGGACACCUUGUCUCUUUUUAUUUAUUUUUCUUUUCUUUUUUGGUUUGUUUCCUUUCAUACUUUCCCAUGUUGUCCACUCUCUACUGUCUCUAUCUAGAAACUACAGUAUUGCUUAUCUCUAGCGUUGUGUUUUAUAUUUGUUAUUUUGGUUUGUUGUUUUGAUUAUUGUCCAACCCCCCACCCCCCUCUCUCUUUUCUGCUACAGCUGCAGCUUGUGUGUGAUUGAAUUCUGUCCAGGUUGCUACGGCAUACCGGUGGGAUGUGUAUCACACAUGGGAUGCUAGGAGGAUCACUAACACUUUACUCUCUUGUCUCCUACUCCUGUUGACGUAGUGAGGGGUUAGUCAUUCUGAAAGUGAGACCCAGUAAUGAAAACUCAUUUGAACUUAGCAUCUUUUUAAUCUUUUCUUAUUUGCACUUUUGAUCUGUGCUGAAGUUUGUAGUGAAAAUGCAAGAUUUGAGUGAGUUUAACCUCACAGUAGUACAAUGAAGCUCUGAUAUGGAUGUUUUUUUUUUUAGUAUUUUAUAAUAACAUGAUCCAUUUUAACAUCAUUUUCUCUUGGAAAUUCGUGACACAUGCAUUUAAUGCUUCCCGUCGUUAUUUGUUUUUGAAAACCUGUCGCAUUAAACAAAUGGUAAUUCAUGCUCAGAGCCUCCAGCUAUAGUGAAGUGAAUUUAUAGUUAUUUUGUCUCUUUUUUUUUGGUCUUAAUUUAUCCCUCUCUCUCCUAUAAGAAAGCAACAGAUUAUAAUCCAGAGUGGAAUGAGCAAAAAUUCCUAAUCCGUUGUUUUUACAGCUAAGUCUUGGCUAACAUUUCCUACAGUUCUUAAAAUUGUUGUUCUUUUCUGUAUCUGAUGUUCUGUGUGCUAUUAGUGAUGCAGCCAUUGGGGUUGUCUUGUGUUGCACAUCUUUCCAACACUGCGAAAUGAGCGUGCCCCCCCUCCCCCCCAAGGAAAAGCGCCCAUGCUUGAUAUCGUAUGGUUCAUGACCAAUAUGUUUCCAGUACAGGGAAGAUCCCAGAAGAGGCCAAGGCUUUGUCACUGUUGGCACCUGCUACCCCAGUGCCCAGUCUGAUUCCUGGCGGGGGACUGCUACCUAUUCCUACUCCAGCUCCACUUCAGAAUCUGAACCUUCCCAUAGUGAACCGGCUAUCAGCUAGUCUCGACCCCGCGGCGUCAGCCCACUCCCAGCCCCCCCUCAUGGGAAAUGUAGAUCCCUCAAAAAUCGAUGAGAUCAGGCGGACCGUCUACGUCGGCAACUUGAACUCACAGACCACCACCGCAGAGCAGCUGUUGGAGUUCUUCAAGCAGGUGGGAGACGUAAAGUUUGUGCGGAUGGCCGGAGACGAGACUCAGCCGACGCGUUUCGCCUUCGUAGAGUUUGUCGAGCAGGACUCCGUCGCCAGAGCCCUGACCUUCAACGGAGUCAUGUUUGGCGACAGGCCCCUGAAGGUUAAUCAUUCCAACAACGCCAUAGUAAAACCCCCAGAGCUGACGCCACAGGCUGCUGCUAAGGAGCUAGAAAGUGUGAUGAAGAGGGUGAGGGAGGCCCAGUCUACCAUCGCUGCUGCCAUAGAACCAGCAGAAACAAAGAAGCGUUCCUCCAGUCGGUCUAGAAGGUCACGCCGGUCACGCUCACGGUCACGCUCCCUCUCACACUCAAGAACGCGGAGGAAAAGGUCCCGUUCGAAACACAGACCGUCACAGAAGUCAUGGCCGAGGAGUGACUCCCACAGUUCCCGAAGUAACCACAAGAGGCGCUCUCGAUCCAGAGACAAGAGACACAGCCGUAGUCGCUCGAGGGGCCACAAAAGGAGGAGUAAGGAUCGGUCCAGGAGCCCUCGAAGGAAAGCCAGAUCACCCUCACCAAAAAGAAGUAAGAAAGACAGGAGGAGGGAGCGAAGCAGGGAAAGAAGAGAUCGCUCCGCAUCCAGGAAGAGGAGCCGCAAAGACGAGGACAGGAUAAAAAGCAAGGCCAAGCCACUGAAGGUGGAAAGGGACUACAACAGGGAAGAAAAGGACGACUACGAAAGCGACAGAGAAGACUCGGCCACACCGAGCGAGGACAUGACGUCAUCACCCUUCACCCAGCACAACGGCAGCUACAAGCAUCACCACGAGGAGGACGCGUCGGUGGGCGCUAACAGCACCAAGUGACUAUUAUGACAACAUGGAAACAAGCCUUUGUUCCAUCAGAUCUUCUCAACACUCAGCGUGUGCGUAUACGUGCAUCAACACCGGAUAAACACUUACAAUAGGGUGUUGUCUUCAUCAUCUCCUGUUUGAACAACAUGAUUUUUUUAAAACUUCCUGUUGAUGAAGUAUAUUCUUGAUCACAUAGAUCCUGUAAUUCAACAAAUUUUUCAUUAUCCAACCUGAAGGGCAAGUGAGCAUUUGGCACAGCAGUUUCCUGCCAGCGCAGGUCAGAUGAAGGUAUCGGGAUUUGCACAGGAUGCACAUAAUAAGGCUGUCAUAUUAGAUUUCAUAACAUUAUACAGGUGGUAUUGUGUCCACUUCCUGUAUGUGUUAAUUGUUUGAACAACACAAACCAUUGUAUUGUCUUUAUAAAGAUUUAUUUCUGCUAAAGCCCAGCAGAUUAGAAACCAAUCGCAGAGUCUGUCACCGUAGAAUCAAGUCUGUCUCCAUUCCCAAGACCUCCAGAGCUAUCUCAGAAAAGUCAUAAUGGCAGAGUCAGGCAGAAGUCCCACAGGGAGGACAGAGUGUCAUUUCUCGAGCAAUUUGAUUUUAACUGUAGGUUUGUCCCUCCAUUUGAUAUUUAAAUUUCUUUUCAAGUCCUCCAGACCGAGACAUCUUGAUCAGACACUUCCUCCAUAGUCCAAAAUAACUCUAAGUUUAUCAGAGUUUAUGUCAUACUGUAGUAUUUAUACCAUUUCCUUUAAAAAUGUUUUGUCUUAAUAUUGCAAAUAGCAAUAUGCAGCAACAGCUGCAGUAAUAAAUGUAUUAUAAAUUAUGCCUCAUCUAUUUGUGAGAUAGGAUUUUAAAAUGUUGACUUAUGCCUUUGUUGCUAUUUGGGCUGCAAUUUAAAUUAUCGAUUAAGCUGCUGAUUAUUUUAUCGAUUAAUCUUUUUGUCUAUAAAACAUGCCAUAAUUUGUUAGAGUUCAUAGUGACGUAUUUAAAUGUAUUUGUUUUAUCUGACCAACAGUCCCAAAAUUUGAAGAUAAUCAGUUUAUGAUCAUGUUAUGACACAGAAAAGCUUUAAAUCCUCAUGUUCGAGAAGCUACAACUAGGAACAAAAACAAUUAUUUUGAUUGUCAAAAUAGUUCCAGAUUAAUUUUAAUUGAUUAAUCAACUAAUUGUUGCUCUAGUUUACAUGUAGGGCCUUCAUGUCUUAAAUAAAUAGUAUUUACAAAGAAACAGUGGAAAAGUAAGCUUCUCAAAUGAAUCAGUAGUAACACAAAGGGAAAAAAAGACGGAAGUGAGAACUGCAUUUAUGUAUAUUUUAUAUAUGUGAAUAUAUAUAUAUAUAUAUAUAUAUGCUGGCAGACAGAAAGAACACAAAAAAGGCUUCACCUUCACCUUACUUGUUGCACUUCCUCAAGUAGCAUUUCAUACCAAGCAGGUUCUGUAUGGCUGCUGAUGGUAAAGUGACAUCAGUUUCCGUGGUUAGUGACUAAGUUUUGAACGGCUGAAUUACUGUCGAUUUUAUGAAUGUGCUUUUACAUUCAUUGACUUGAAUCAUCAGCUUCUUAUAUCACGUUUUCAUUCAUCUCAUAGCUUCUGUCCUCAGAGAGUUCAGUUCUUCCUGGUUGACACUGUUUGUUUGCUUCAGUUGCAUUUUGUCAAUACACAGACAAAAAUGGGAAAAUUCGAAUGAUUAUAAUGUAAUCCAGAAUAUUAUCGUGUCAGAUUCUGUCUCUAGAUGUAGCACUUACUACUCACCAGCAGACCAAAAAACGAAGGGUUUAGUUGGCAAACCAAUCAAAACAAAGGUACUUACCAACUAAAUGUUGUUGAUAGUAUGACCCUAACUGAAACUGUGAAAAUAUAAUUGCAGCUUCUUGCCUGAGGUCUCCUGGGGUGAAACUAUCUUAUGCUCAAGCCUUGGUGAGGCUGUGACUGCAACUUCCCAUAUUCUCUGUACUUGCUUACCAGGUCAACGAGAACUGUACAUAACACAUUUAAUACAGUUUCCUGGGUGAAAGAAUUGAAUAAGUAACAAAAUGAGGGGAUUUCUGCGAAUGUAUUAAAUGCUCAUUUGCCCUUUUUGCAGUGUUGAAAGAUAAUGUGAACUACAAGGUCUGUGAAGUGUCCUUUCUUCCCUGUUUUGCACCAUUUUUCUCCAUCUUCUGGGAACUUUUUUUGAGUUUCCCCCAAAAAUGUACGGUGUUGAUUUUAUGACUUCAAGUGCUGUAAUUAAUGAAAAUGCAAAAUUAUACUGUUUCUGUGAACAUGUUGCUAAAAUAUCAUAAAAAAGAUACAUUUCUCAUUUGGUCAACAUGAAUAUGUUGCUUUAUUGUUUUUACUUUAUGGGUGUACAUUUACAUGCAGAGUGUUUUUUGUUUGUUUGUUUGUUUGUUUGUUUUUUUUUGGUUGUUUUUGUAUUUCUGAAUACUAGUAGUCAAAACAAGAUCACAAUGUUCCAUUUCCUGUUAUUGUUGUAAAGCUGUGAGACAAAAACUAUUUACUGUUUUAUAGAAAUAACACAGGCCUAUACUAUAAAAAUGAUGAUGUGCAAAAUGUCUGUCGGCUCAUAAUUGCUCGGGAAAGUGAAGCUCGCGCUGGUAGAAUAGACGAGGCUGAGCGAGAUAUACGUCACAGGUCAACAAACUGCUUGCAAGCACAGAAAGGUCAAAAAGUGCCUAGACUAAGAUUGUACAGAAUAUUCUACUAAAAUACGUAAACUUUGACAGAUUCAACCUGAGUUUAUUGUUUAGGAAUAGCUGAAAGAAAUGAAAUGUUAUAUUUAAAGUAUUGUCCGCUGUCUUUAGUAAUUAAAAGCAGAAUAGACUCAACAUUCAUGAGACUUAUGUGGAUUUGUCUUUAACUUUUUUUUUUUUUUUUUCAUUUUUGGUGUUAAAGCCAGUAUUAAGUCAUGUGUCAAAAAAAAAACUUCAUACUGGCCUCAGAUUGCGAUCAGUGUUUAUUUAAGUUUCUAUCAAAGUGUGUUAUAUUUUAAAAAAACAUGAAGACUUUAUGGCUGUCUGCCAAAUUCCACUGUAAUUACUUUAUUGUAUUUUUUCUUUUCCUGCUUUUUUCUUUUUUUUAUAUAGUACACAAGGCUUCAGUUUGAAGUGGUGAACUUGUGAUAAAGUUUAAUACAAAAAGGCAUUUCCAACUCAACUGACAGUAUGUGAAGAAUUUAAUUUUUUUAUAUCCAUGUAUCCACUACAUACGUACUGUAGAAACAUGUUUCACACCCGUGGGAUUGCUCGCUUGAUAUCAGCGUUUGGGACUCGAUGUAAAGGUUUGGUAACACUGUUUUUGAAGAGCUUUGAUGUACGUACGUGAUCCUCCUCGAUUUAUAUCUAACAAUACAUCUGAUCUGUUUCCAAAAACACUCAAUAAAGAGACUUUUCAUUCA